CCACCAACCAUUCUCUCUCACGCUUCAAUACCAAAACCCAUCAGAGGAAGAAACCAACGGUUACUACAAUGAAAACCCUGUGCUUUUAUCUUCUUACCCUUCUCGUCCUUCCCCUGUUGGCCUCCGCCGUCGGCGGCCGAGGUCCUCUCGCCGGCGGGUGGCAGCCAAUAAAGAACGUCAACGAUCCGCACGUGAAGGAGAUCGGUGAGUUCGCGGUGGCCGAGUACAACAAGUCGUCCAAGACCGACCUGAAGUUUGUGGACGUGGUCAAGGGCGAGACCCAGGUCGUGGCCGGGACGAAAUACCGGCUCGACGUGGCGGCCAAGGACGGGGCCGUGACCAAGCACUAUGAGGCUGUUGUGUGGGAGAAGCCCUGGGAGAAUUUCAGGAACCUUACCUCGUUUAAGCAAAUUAAGGGCACUCACAGUCGGCCCUAAUUAAAGAUGAUUUUGGUUAGCCGGAAUGCAAAUUUGUUUGGAAAUGCUUUGGAUCGGAGUGGGUGAUUUUGUGUGUUUCCUGUAACGUCGAUAUAUAUGUUUUGGUGAAUAAAGUUUAAGAACUGAGUGCUUUUAUUAA